UCCCCCCUCUCACUGGACUCAAACUGGCAGUGAACUCACGCACUGCGUGAGCUUCGCCGAGGCUCGGUCGGAAAGAGACACUCGGGCGGCUCAGGCUUUGGAAAGUGGGAUCUCCGCUGGGUUUCUGUUCCUGUCUUUUUUUUUUUUUGGUGGACUGUUAGAUGAGAGCAGGAGGAAAUCUCAGCCUCAGUCUCCUCCAACAGUGACCACCAAGCACAUCCAUGACUUUACAUACCUGGCUGGUGUAUAGGCUUGGAUUUAUCUUGGUUUGGGCACUCUACUUGAAACAGGUCCAGGGGCUGCAGUGCUAUGGCUGCAACAUCAUCCAGGGCCAGAGGUACGUGGACGUGGGCUGCUCAAACCCAGAGGUCAUCACCUGCACCCACUCGCACAAAGGCUUCAAACACCGCUUCUGCAUCAAGACAGAGAGCACGGCCCUGGGAAUCGUCCUGACCAGUGGUUGUGCCACAUCCAGACACUGCCAGCAACAUGAGCUGCCGGGGGUGCGCAUCCACUGCUGUGACUCGGACCUAUGUAACAGCGCCCCCUCCUGGCACCCAGGCGCACUCCAUUACAUCGGUGCCCUCUUCAGCCUCUUGCUAUUGAGGAUGUGGUUGUGAUGAUGGAGUCAAUCUGGAGAGGGACAUAAAAC